AUAAACUGUCAUGGCGAAUGCGAUGCAAAUCUUCGAUAGGACUCAUGGAUUGAGUAACUAACAGAAGGGAAAAGAUCAUCGACAUCGAAAUUCAGCACCGUGGCUUCUACACAGGGUGAAAUACGUGUAGGACCUGGUCACCAAGCUAGGCUUCCGGAAUGCAAUCGUUUAGAGUAUGAUGACGAAAAACCAAGAGAAAGCCUAAGAUGGGUUCCAUCUUCGAUAUCCGAUCAAGAUUUAAUCAUGUAUCUGAGGGCAGCCAGGUCAAUGGCGUUCUUUGUAGGAAUGUGCGACCCCGGCUCAGGGGAUGACGGCAGCCAGGCAGCUUCUCAAGAUAGUACGACAGUUAAUGCUCUCGAGAUAGUAAUUAUACCUUUUACUUUCCUUCUACUUAACCCAUGCAUCAUAACUUAUCCCCCCUUGUUUCGUUAUUCUAAUAUAAUAUUUUUGGAAUUUUGCCAGCUGCACGAUUGUAAUUACAACAAAGGUGAAGCUUUACAAGUAUUGGUCAAGUGUCCAGUUCCAAUCAAUAUAGAACAGAAGUGGAAUGAGGAAGAAACGAAGAGAUUCUCGAAGGGAUUGAGACAAUACGGAAAGAAUUUCUUCAAGAUCCGAAAGGAGCUACUUUCUCAUAAAGAGGUCACCGAUUUGGUUGAAUAUUAUUAUAUUUGGAAGAAAACUCAGGCUGCCAAUAAUCUCAGACCGACUAGACGUAGAGUUAGUCAAAAGAAAAGUCAGAGAACUCCUAGAACUCCUAAUCCUGAAGAAGAGGAGGGCGAAGAAGCUAGUAGUUCGGGCGAAAGCGACGAAGAAGAUAGCGACGGUUUAGUUUCUCAUUGUUCAAACUGCUUUGCUUCAUCAAUAAGUUCAGAUUCGCAAAGUUGUUCGAAAGGUUUAUUGUGUGGUCUGUGCUUUGAUCAUUGGAAGAAAUUUGGAACAGAUCGACCGACCGAUAGGAAUAAGGAACCACCUUAUUUCGAUCAAGAGCAAAAGACUUCUGCGUCUACCAACGGCACUAGUAGUACUGAAGGUGCAGAAGAAAGUGAGGGAGCAGACGCGGACGUAGAGGAAGCGAAUAACGAGGAGAACGAUAACGACUCCUAUUGUUCAUCGACGUGUUCGACCCCUAUACCUAAUCCACCACAGAUUGUUUCAUCAGUUCCCAUAUGUUCUACUCCUAUGAAAGCCCCUCAAUUGACUUCAUCAUCAUCAGCGUCAAGUUCGGGUUCUAGUUCUAGUAGUUCUAGUUCAAGUAGUUCUAGUUCAGAGGCUCAUACAGAAGAAGAAGGCCAUAUAUCUCCCCCUCCCCAACUCGCAGCUGUUCCACCUCCGAAACCUCAAAUCCUAACGCCAACCCCUCAUAGACCAGAACCAUUCAUCGUGAAAACAGAAAAACCAGACGAAGUAGGCGGACUAGCUGGAGAAUCCAAGCAUCGUCCUGUAUUAGCUGUGCCUCCCGUCCAACAGCAGCAGCAACCACAACCACCUCCUUUAAUUUCCUCACAUAUCAAGGAGGAAUUGAAGGAUCCUGCAGACAUGACCAUGGCUUCUCUAAGCCAUCAAGGAGGCCAUAGUAAUCCGCCUCCGCCGGGUCCUCCACCACCAUUACGGCCUUUACAUCAUGUAAAAUCGGAAUUGGAGUCUGAAGAAGAUGAAGCUAAUUCAACAGUUCAAUCAGACGUUUGUGAAGAUAGAGAUGCUCAAGAAGUAUCAAUAGUUUUGAAGGAAACCAAAAAUGCGAUUCUUAUGAAAUAUCUAGAUAGAGGAGGAAAUUCCUGUUCAAGGACGGAUAUUGGGUUCCGCAUUAAGCCUGGUUCAAAUUUCGCGUUGAAGAAAUCAUCAAACAGCGAAAAGAGAUCGUCGACUGGCAAAACACCAACAAUUGUACCCGUUAAGGAGGACAAAACGAAAAUGAUUCCCGAGAGUGGAAAAACAGCCGACGCUCAAAUAAUGUCGCAUAUUGGACAACCAACUCUACCAACUGCGUUCGAAAGAAACCCGAGAUUCUUAGGAACAGAUACCCCAGCUCUUUCCCAACUUAGAGCUUACAGUGAUAGAGCUCACGCUUUGGGCUUGGGUCAUACAGUACCUACUAGUUUGGCUUAUAGCGGGGCAUUGGUGCCAACCUCGGAUCCCCUCCAUCAGAGAACCCUCUUUCAGCAUCCUACACCAACAAGUAGGGAUAGACUGGAAGCUGAAUUACUUAGGGAUAAACAGGAAAGGGAUGCAAGGGAAAGGGAGAUGAGGGAAAGAGAAUUAAGAGAUUUUGAAUUGCAAGAAAAGAUGAAGAGAGAAUUAGAAAUGAAGCCGCAAGCCAUACCAACGGGUGACGCUCACCUAUUGCAACUUCAAAGAGAAUACGCUCUUAGGGGAUUAGCUUUUCCGCCUCAUUUAUCCGCCUUAUCCGGAUCUGGAUUGCCUACUCCACCCCAUUUGCCCGGAAUCUACCCUCCGGCUUCUCUAGCAAGCGAUCUGAUACACAGAGAACGGGAAAUGAGAGAAAGAGCAUUGGGUAAGUGUUAUGUAAUGAUGUAUACAAAUCGGAUGAUCCCAAUCCCACCAGUGACAAAGAGUUUAUUAUAGCUGUGAUCGAGUGACAUAAGAUAAGCUAAGCUUGUUGAAUUAUCUAGUAUUUUUUCCGAUUUUACACCUUUUACCUUAUUUAAACAUAUGCAUUAAAAGUAUAGAUAAUGAAGCAUAUCUUCUCCCUCAACAGCCGAGAGAUUUCAAGCCGAGAGAGCAAUGGCCUUUGCAAACGAUCCCGUUGCCCGAUUACAAAUGGCAUCCGCUGUACACGCACAUACUCAUGCUCAUGCUCAUACUCAUUAUCACCUUCAUCAGCCGGACGGUACUCCCACUAAUCCUGGUUCUUUGCACGGAGCUCCGCAACUUCCUUCGCACUUAGCGCCUUAUCAACCGCCAACUUCAAUGGCCAGCAGCCUUCCUUACGCCGGCCACGCAGCUUUACUAGAGAGAGAUACUCUUCUACAAAGGGAGCUAUUGGCCAGACAAGCGGGCGCAGAUCAUUUAAUCGCACAACAGCAACACGCGCUACAUCAUGAUGCCCUUAUGAGAGAGCAAUUACUACAGCGGGAGCGUUUAGGCGUACAUAUUCCACCUCAUUAAAAAUUACUAUUUAUACGUGUGCAUGAAUGUGUGUUCAUCUGUCCGCCUUGUUUACAACUGUUUUACUUGGGACAAAAAUGCCAUAGAUAACACGUGUUGGAUAGGUACUAAAAUAUUCCCUUUCGGAGAUAGGUUAUAAUCGUUUUCCAAUCUUCUAAUCUAGUUUUAGUAAAGGAAAACGUUGCAGAAAAAUAUAUUUGACACAUCUAGAAGAAAUUAAAUACGUGUUAUCUGUGCCAAAUGGUAAAUAAAAAAAUUAUAAAAAUAUAUGAUAAUCAAUUCUCUAUACUCAUAUAUUCUUGUAAUUUAUCUCUCUCUCUCUCUCUCUUGGUUAUUGUGCUUUUUACGUUUAUAGUUGGACAUUUUAUUUUUUUUUUUUGAAUAUUUCAGGCGAAUUUAAAAGUAACGCUUUUUUGUGAAUAGAAAUUCGUCUUAGCUUUCUCUAUACAUUGCAUACGUUAUACUUUCUUGUGCUAGAUCUAUUCGAUUGAUAACGUAAACAGAAUAAAUUUUAAAAGUAUUG